CAAAGGUAAUAUCUCUGAUAUAGUCAGGGAUGCUAAUUCCCUGGGGAAAAACUGUGGAAUAAAUUAUCAAUUGUAUGACUUUAUGAGGAAAUUUAGAGAAGAAAAACAUGAAGGAAUGAACAUAAGAGCCAUAAAAUGUAACAUUCGGGGUGUGAGUGUGUAUGUGUGUGAGUGAGUAUGUUUGUGAGUGUGUGCGAGUAAGAGAGUGUGUGGGAGCAUGUAUGUGAGAGAGAGUAUGAGAGAGAAUGUAUGUGUGAGAAUGUGUGUGAGAGAGAGUGUGUGAGGGAGAGGGUGUGUGAGAGAGUGUAAGAGAGUGUGCAUGGCAGAGGGAGGGUGUGUGAGAGAGUGUGCGUGAAAGCGGGAAAGAGUGUGUGUGUGUGAGAGAGAGAGAGGCAGGAAUUAAAGCACAAAUAAUGUAACAUGCAAGCUGCAAAAUGUAAUGAGCAGGUAAUGCCCAACAGGUCUGGCUGUGCUGGAGGAGAGAGAGAAACUCUGCCAGUAUUACAGAAGGACAAACUACAGCAAAAUUGGUCAGUUCUGAUGUCAAUAGAGGAAAUGAGUUACCCGCAGAAAUCAACAUGGAAUCUAGAAGGCAGUCAGAUACCUCGAUGAAAAACAAGGUGCUGUUUCUCCAACUUAGGUUGUGCCAUGUUAUAUCAGUACAGGAGAACACAGACAGGAGCAAGGGAAAUUAGGGAUAGCAAUUAGUGCUGAUUGGGCCUGAAAAUCUCACCUCUAUUGUUACAUGUGCAGGUAGAUUAAUGAUGGUCUUUGCGUCAUGCUCGGCAAAAGGUUUUGUGGGCCGAAGGGCCUGUUCCUGUGCUGUACUGUUCUACGUUCUAUAUUCCAUCUUUAGACUUUACUUUGGAGACACAUUGGUGCUAUGGAGAGGUUUUUAGAAAAUUAUGUUCUAAAUGACAUUGUUUAAGAAAGAAUUGCAGUUGCUGGAAAAAUCGAAGGUAGGCAUAAAGGCUGGAGAAAAUCAACGGGUGAGGCAGCAUCUAUGGAGCGAAGGAAUAGGUGACGUUUCGGGUCGAGACCCUGAAGUUGUUUAGUUUUGUUUAGUUUAGUUUAGAGAUACAGCAUGGAAACAAGCCCGAUGGCCCACCGAGCCCACACUGACCAGUGAUCACCCCAUACAUUAGCACUAUCCUACACACCAGGGACGAUUUACAAUUUUUCCAAAGCCUGACCACCUUGGGUGCCGUCUGUGUGGAGUUUGCACGUUCUCCAGAUGACCAUUUGGGUUUCCUCUGGGUGCUUCGGUUUCCUCCAACAUCCCAAAGACAUGCGGGUUUGUAGAUUAAUUGACCUCUGUAAAUUGCCCCAGGUGUGUAGGAUAUGAAAGUGGGAUAACAUAAAACUGUCAGGUUGGAGGCCGAUGACUGGUCAGGUGCCUCAGGAAUCUGUGUUGGGUCUGUUGUUUGUCAUAUUCAUCAAUGAUCUGGAUGAUGGUGUGGGAAAUUGGAUUAGCAAAUGUGCAGAUGAUACUAAGAUAGGUGGUGUUGUGGAUAAUGAAGUAGAUUUUCAAAGUCUACAGAGAGAUUUAGGCCAUUCGGAAGAGUGGGCUGAAAGAUGGCAGAUGGAGUUUAAUGCUGAUAUGUGUGAGGUGCUACAUCUUGGCAGGACAAAUCAAAAUAGGAUGUACAUGGUAAAUGGUAGCGAAUUGAGGAAUGCAGUUGAACAGAGGGAUUUAGGAAUUACUGUGCAUAGUUCCCUGAAGGUGGAAUCUCAUGUAGAUAGGGUGGUAAAGAAUGCUUUUGGUGUGCUGGCCUUUAUAAAUCAGAGCAUUGAGUAUAGAAGUUGGGAUGUAAUGUUAAAAUUGUACAAGGCAUUGGUGAGGCCAAUUCUGGAGUAUGGUGUACAAUUUUGGUUGCCAAAUUAUAGGAAAGAUGUCAACAUAAUAGAGAGAGUACAGAGGAGAUUUACUAGAAUGUUGCCUGGGUUUCAGCACCUAAGUUACAGAGAAAGGUUGAACAAGAUAGGACUUUAUUCUUUGGAGCACAGAAGGUUAAAGGGGGACUUGAUAGAGGUCUUUAAAGUUAUGAGAGGGAUAGACAGAGUUGACGUGGAUAAGCUUUUCCCACUGAGAGUAGGGAAGAUUCAAACAAGAGGACAUGAUUUGAGAACUAAGGGACAAAAGUUUAGGGGUAACAUGAGGGGGAACCUCUUUACUCAGAGAGUGGUAACUGUGUGGAAUGAGCUUCCAGUGGAAGUGGUGGAGGCAGGUUCGAUGGUAUCAUUUAAAAAUAAAUUGGAUAGGUAUAUGGACGGGAGAGGAAUGGAGGGUUAUGGUCUGAGUGCAGGUAGAUGGGACUAGGUGAGAGUAAGUGUUCGGCACGGACUAGAAGGGCUGAGAUGGCCUGUUUCCGUCCUGUAAUUGUUGUAUGGUUAUAUGGUUAUAUGGUUAUACUGUGAACAGAUGAUCACUGGUCGUCGUGGACUCGGUGGGCCAAAGAGCCUGUUUCCAUGCUAUAUCUCUAAACUAAAUUAAACAAUGUCAUUUAGAACUCAACAGCAUUUUCAAAAAACCUCUCUACGGCACUAAUGUGCCUGAUUACUAUUAAUCAAUAGCCAUAAAUGUUAAAUUUCAAAAACAACAAAUGAUAUAAUCAUAAUUUGAUAUCCAACACUAUUCACACAUCCACCUGAUGGAACAUUAAGUGCCAGAGGCAACAAGUAGUUGAAUGUGUAGUCUGAAUAUGUAUCAUAUUAACAGUGACAAUUAGCAUAAACAUCAUUGAGAAAAGGAGAACUAAUUUCAGUCUAUGUACCGAAAAUCACUUUAGAUUAAGAAGAUUUUUAAAUGAUAAUAUGAAACCAAAUACUAAUACAUUGUCUGCAUUCCUUCUACAUGCUUGUAAAACACACUUAUCUUUGUGAGUUCAUUAUUGGCUGUUCACUUUACCCGGUGUAACAGUGUAGUCACUGUGGAAGGAUGAGGUGGUCUUCAGCCACCAAAAUACUUUAAAGGCGGAUGCUGUUCGUGUACAACACUGUGUUUAUGUACUCCCAAAAGUGUAUCAAAGCUCAGAUCCAUAGAAAUAAAAGAAAAGGCAAACAAAACAAGCAUCAGACUGCACAAAAUAAAAUACGGACAAGGCAAACAGGUGAGGCAUUGUUUAGUUGCCUAAAGUAGAUCAAUAUCUGCACUUGCAAGCCAGGAAUCCUACCUACUUUCCUCUGGAGCUGCAAGGAUCAUCUUACGGCCUGCAGACAGACUGUCGCCAAUAUUCACUGACAGACAACCUAUUCCACCUCUGCAAAAAUCAUGCACAUCUUCAUUCUUUGUGGUUCACUAAAAUAGGGUGAGGAAUUUUCACCUAAAUCUUCAGUGGUUUUUGUGUGUCCUUCAAAAUGUUUGUUUGAUAUUGCUCACAGUUUUAGUUUUCUGUUUUUUGUGUGCAAUCAGUAACAGCCAGAGCCCCAGUCUGGCUACCUUCACUUGGAUACCAGCUCUCUUCAGCGGCAAUGAUGGGACCACGACACUUGGCAUACCCAUGGAUGGCAAGCGUGCCCAACAUCAGGGCAGCCACAUCAGGCACAUCCGGCAUCCAGCCUGGAUACACGCACACCCACAGCAUUCCCACCGCGAUUAGAGAGUCAAGGGCCUGUACCACGUACAUGCGACUCCAUGCGACAAGCGCAACAUAAGGGGCCUGUCCCACGAGCAUGCGACUCCAUGUGGCAAGCGCGACCUAACGUGGUUGCUUGAGCCGUAAGGCCUCUCGGGGCCGGUCCCACUUCGAUCGCCGGAGCCCUAUGCAGUUGUGCGGGGCUGGUCCCGACAUCGCGCGGGGCUCCGAAAAACUGACCGUGUUCAAACAUUCCGCGCGGCAACGGCCUGCCGGCCCGCAGCCGCCUCGAACUUCUUGUCACUCACUCGACCUCCGCGCGGCCCCCGCUUCUGGUUUGGUCGCGCUUGCCGCAUGCAGUCGCAUGCUCAUGGGACAGGCCCUUUAGGUCGCGCUUGCCGCAAGCAGUCGCAUGCUCGUGGGACAUGCCCUUCAGAACGCAAGUAUGAACUUGAGCCUGAAUCUCUCAGACUAUUUGAUUGACGAUAGCCCAGGGCAAAGUGCCCAUAAAGAAUGAUGUUCUUUCACCUGCUGUAAAAAUUAAAAUAUUCUGUUGUCAUGUGUUGUACAUUAGAAUUUUGUUUCUUGUUGUUGGUUUUCAAUAUGCUAUUUGUUGGCUUGCACUAAAUAAACAAUUUAUUUCUUAAAGUUGUUGGUCUUUGUAUUUAUUGUAAAUAAGUUAACUUACAACGUGAUUAUUAUUCUUCAGUGUAACCUUCUUGCGUUGUGGAAAAAGCUGUUUGUUUGACUAUCAAUAAAAUUCUUGUCAUUUUUAUGGAAAUUUGAUGUGUGAUGAUCUUCUCAUUACUCAGUAUUGUUCAUCAUGGAAUUAAUCUCAC